GCGAGCAGUUGACGUGCACGGCGUGUUGAAGCCCCUGCGCGCUGCACUUCGCCUUCACGUGUGGCUCCAAUGAAGAUGUUAAAGAGACCGAAUAUACUUUUAACCGGUACCCCCGGUGUGGGGAAAACCACACUGGGUAAAGAGCUGGCACAGAGAACGGGACUGACAUACAUAAACGUGGGGGACCUGGCACAGGAAAGUGAGUUGUAUGAUGGAUUUGAUGAAGAGUACCAAUGCCCUAUAUUGGAUGAAGAUAGGGUAGUUGAUGAGCUGGAAGACAAGAUGGGCGAGGGGGGCAUGAUUGUUGAUUACCACGGCUGUGACUUCUUUCCGGAGCGCUGGUUUCACAUCGUGUUUGUGCUCCGCACUGAAAACUCAGCCCUUUACAACAGGCUAGAGAGCAGGGGCUACAAAGGGAAGAAGCUUCAGGACAAUAUCCAGUGUGAGAUUUUCCAGACCAUUUACGAAGAGGCCAUGGAGUCCUACAAAGAGGAGAUCGUGCACCAGUUGCAUAGCAACAACCCGGAGGACCUGGAGAGGAACAUGGAGCAGAUUCUGCUGUGGAUAGAGCAGUGGAUUAAGGAUAACAACUGAACCGGAGCUGCCGUUCCACAGAGACCUCGGCGUCGCCUCACACAGUCACCCAGCGGCACGCCCUUGUCUUGCGUUGCAGGAGGUGCUGUCAUCUGUUUCACAGACCCUGAUUAGCAGUAAUGCUGAAGCUCUUCAGGGCCUGUGAAGCCUGCCGUUGUCGUUCUAUUCAUAUAGCAAGCACACUACACAAAAUGUUAUCUUGAAAGCUUACCCCAGUGAAGUAACUUACAAAAAAUAGAUGGUGAGUAAGUAGAUUCAAGAAAAUGCACAGAGUCCUUUUCUUCAAUCAG